AUGGGCUCCACCAUUCAGAGUACGUUCCCACUCACGGUCAAAGAAUGGAGAGAGACACAGGAAGCCGGGGACGGUCUUGCCCGACUCUUGUCACUUCGUGAAUCCGAAGCCAGAUUGAAGUCGAACGCCUGGAUUACCCUGGCCACCCCAUCCCAGAUCGAGGAGCAAUGGGCUCAUGCAGAGUCCCUUCGUUCAUCCGGUGCCUCUCUGCCACUCUUCGGCGUCCCCUUCGCGGCCAAAGACAACAUCGACGUCGCCAGCUUCCCCACAACAGCCGCCUGCCCCAGCUUCGCAACUGGUCCUGUGGACAAGGAUGCCGCCGUCAUCGCCCGCCUUAAGACUGCUGGCGCCAUCGUACUCGGCAAGACCAAUCUCGAUCAGUUCGCCACCGGACUCGUGGGGACUAGAUCUCCGUAUGGUCCUGUGAGCAAUUCUUUUGACCCUGCGAGGGUCAGUGGUGGUUCGAGUUCCGGGAGCUCCGUCGUCGUUGCUAGGGGUGUCGUGCCCUUCUCUCUGGGUACCGACACCGCUGGCAGCGGUCGCGUACCUGCUGGGUUGAACAACCUGGUUGGCUUAAAGCCAACGAGAGGAGCUCUGAGCACAACCAGAGUGCUGCCGGCCUGCCGCAGUCUUGACUGUGUCUCCAUCUUCACACUUACAGUUGACGACGCCGAGACAGUCUUGGCCGCGGCCGAGGGUUUUGACCCGGAAGACUCAUUCUCGAGAGCUCGUCCGGACACGCCUAGUACAGUUAAGGGCCAUCGCAUGGCUGUUUGUGACAACCCCCCGUGGUUCGGCAAGACGGAACAAGCUGCAGCCUAUGCAAAGGCCCUGGAGAAAGCAGCGACCCUUGGGUGGACCCUUGAGCCAGUGGACUUCUCUCCGCUAUUCCAGCUCGCCAGCCUGCUAUAUGAGGGCCCUUGGGUGGCUGAGCGUUACGCGGCCAUCAAGGAUUUCAUCGAGGCACGCGAGAGCGAGAUGGACCCCACGGUGCGAGAAAUCAUCCUCAAGGCCAAGGGGUUCAACGCAGCCGAUCUCUUUGCGUCCGAGUACCUCCGCCAGGACCUUACCCGUCAGAUCCAAGACAGGUUCGGUGACUUUGAUGCCAUCCUCGUCCCCACCGCUCCCACCUUUCCUACCAUCGAGGACCUCGCCCGGGAACCUAUCAAGGAGAACGCUUACCUCGGCACCUACACCAACUUUGUCAACUUUAUGGACUGGACCGCCCUCUCGAUUCCUGCUGGUUUCAGGUCGGAUGGACUGCCGUUCGGCAUCACGUUGAUCUCGUCAACAUGGGAUGAGCCAAAGUUGCUCUCCAUGGCCCGAGAAUGGCUAUCCACGGGUCCUCGGUUGCUAGGCGCAACCAGGAUCGAGAGACUCGAAGCACGAAGCUCUGACGCUAUCGCCGCGGGCGAGCCAAAGACGACUCGUCUUGUGGUGGUAGGUGCUCAUCUGACGGGGUUCCCUUUGAACAAAGACCUGACGUCCCGUGGAGCAACACUAGAGAUAGCCACGACAACCUCCCCAAACUACCGGUUUUAUUCUCUCAACACCGGUGGCACAGUGAAGAAGCCGGGCUUGAAGCGCGUCCCGAGCGGCGGUAGCGCUAUCCAGGUCGAAGUUUGGAGCCUGCCUACGACGCAGCUGGGCAGCUUCUUGAAGACAGUACCCUCACCCCUCGGCAUUGGUUCUGUUGAGCUUGCGGACGGAAGCUGGGCCCUUGGUUUCAUCUGCGAGCCCUACGGCCUAGACGGUGCCACCGACAUCACCUCGUUCGGCGGCUGGCGCGCCUUUGUCAAAUCUCUCAUCCCUGAUGUCCCUCCUGUUGGUACCACUUCGAAGGUCAGCGGCAUCAGGUCUGUUCUCAUUGCCAACCGCGGAGAAAUCGCCGUUCGUAUCAUCAGGACAUUGCAUUCUUUGGGCUUGAAAGCCAUCACGAUUCACUCUUCUGCCGAUGCUCGCUCGCCCCACGUCCGCAAUGCCGACGUUUCACUUCCUCUCGAAGGCACAUCCGUCUCGGAAACCUAUCUCAACGGCGUGCAGAUCAUCGCUCUCGCGAAGAAAGCCGGUGCAGACGCCAUAAUCCCGGGCUAUGGUUUCUUGGCCGAAAAUGCCGAUUUCGCCUCCGCAGUCGAGGCAGAGGGCCUGAUCUGGGUCGGCCCGACCGCGGAGCAAAUGAGACAACUCGGGUUGAAGCACCUCGCCCGCGACGUGGCCAUUAGAGCAGGGGUCCCUGUUGUACCGGGCAGCAAGCAUCUACUCAAGAGCGCUGAGGAGGCCCUCGACGAGGCCGAGCGCAUCCAGUAUCCUGUGAUGCUGAAAAGCACUGCUGGGGGUGGUGGGAUUGGUCUCAAGCGCUGCGACGAUGCUGCGUCUCUCGUCGAGGCAUUCGAGAGUGUCCAGAGAUUGGCACAGGCAAAUUUUGGUGACGCCGGUGUCUUUGUGGAACAUUUCAUCGAGCAUGCCCGUCACAUCGAGGUCCAAAUCAUCGGCGACGGGUGCGGCAGGGUCACGUCGGCCGGCGAGCGGGACUGCUCGUUGCAAAGACGGAACCAAAAGGUCAUCGAGGAGAGCCCGGCCAUAUUCGUGCCGCCAGAUGUUCGAAGGAGGAUGCGCAAAGCUGCUAUCGACCUUGGCUCUGCUGUCAAAUACCGUAAUGUCGGCACCAUCGAGUUCAUCUACGACGUCGACACUUCCGAGUUCUUCUUCCUCGAGGUCAAUACCCGGCUGCAAGUUGAACACCCAGUCACGGAGUCCGUGACCGGUCUGGACUUGGUUGAGUGCAUGAUCCGUGUGGCGUCCGGCAACAGCAGGCAUAUCUUCGUCGACAAGCCGGACGGCUUCGAGGUGAAGGGAAGCUCCAUUGAGGUGCGUGUCUACGCCGAGAGCCCGCUUCAGAACUUCCGUCCAUCCCCUGGCCGUCUUUUGGACGUCUCUUUCCCAGAAGGCGUCCGUGUCGAUACCUGGGUUGAGGCCGGUAUGGAAAUGUCAUCCUCCUACGAUCCGCUUGUGGCUAAGAUCAUUGCCACCGGCGAGGAUCGGACGGCAGCGAUUGCGAAGCUGGCCGAUGCCUUACAGAAAACGGUCAUCACGGGCGUCGAGACGAACCUGGAAUACGCCCGUCACAUAGUCGCGUCCGAGAUGUUCAGAUCCGGUACAUUUAUUACCACAUCGCUCAACAGCUUUGCCUUUGAUUCGUCCAUCGUUGAAGUUGUUGACCCUGGCACCCUCACUGCUGUUCAAGACUUUCCGGGCCGCAAGGGGCUUUGGCACGUCGGCGUGCCACCAUCUGGGCCCUUCGAUGACUACUCAUUCAGACUCGCCAACAGACUGGUCGGCAACGACUCUCGUGCCGCCGGGCUUGAGUGCACCAUUCACGGGCCAAGCCUCCUCUUCCACUACGAUGCUGUUGUUGCCGUGACGGGCGCCUUCGCCGAGGUCAAGAUCGACAACAAGCCCGCUCAGCCAAACACGCCCUUGACGAUUCAGAGAGGACAAAAGAUUUCGAUCGGUGCGGCGACUUCUGGGUACCGGAGCUACCUCGCCGUUCGUGGCGGCAUCGACGUCCCGGAGAUCUUUAACUCCCGCUCCACCUUUGCGCUGGGCAAAGUCGGUGGCCACAACGGACGAAACCUGAGAUCCGGUGAUCUCCUGCCGGUAGGGAGUAUGGUCUCUACUGCACCCUCCGCUGAUUCCGGGCCCGCCAUCCCCCUCCCGUCCGACCCGGCCAAUGCACACUGGUCCAUCGGCGUCGUUCCCGGGCAGCACUCGGCACCUGAGCAUUUCACAGAGGAGGGCUUUAGCACGCUUUUCGUCGACGAAUGGACCGUCCACUACAACAGCAACCGUAUCGGCAUCCGUCUCGACGGCCCCAAGCCACAGUGGGCCCGGGAAACCGGCGGCGAAGCAGGCCUGCACCCGUCAAACAUCCACGAUAGCCCCUACUCCGUCGGCAGCGUCAGCUUCACCGGCGACGAGGCCGUCAUCCUCACCUGUGAUGGUCCCAGUCUCGGCGGGUUCGUCGUCUUCUGCGUCGUGGCCUCGGCCGAAAUGUGGAAACUCGGUCAACUCCGCCCAGGCGACAAGGUGAAGCUCCAGCCCAUCACCGUCGACGAUGCGCUCUUCCUCGAGUCCGCCCUCGAGAAAUCAAUCGCUGAGCUCACACCCUUGGCGGUGGAUGUGGCCCCCCUGGCCAACAGCCCGACCACACCAGACUCGAACCCGUUCCUCGGCGACAUUGGCAGCGCCGGCCGCCGUAUUAGCGUCCGCCAGGCCGGCGACAACGCCAUGCUCCUCGAAUUCGGUACCGAGGACGUCUUCUCCCUCCGUCAGAGUUUCCAGAUCUUCUCCUUCAUCGCCCGCCACAAGACACACCCCAUCCCGGACGUCCUCGAGCUCUCCCCCGGCGUCCGCACCCUACAUGUGCAGUACACGCCCAAGACGCCACCCGCGACCGUCCUCUCCGCCCUCCGUGCGCACGAGACCUCUCUCGGCGAGGCAAUCCCCUCGUCCAUCUCCUCCCGCACGAUCCACCUCCCUCUCGCCUUCGACGACUCCGUCUCCCGCGCCGCCGUGGCUCGUUACGUCGCCACCAUCCGUGCCACGGCCCCUUGGCUCCCGAGCAACGUCGACUUCCUCCAGCGCCUUAACGCCCUCGACUCCCCCGCUGACGUCGAGCGCAUCUUCCUCGACGCGACCUUCCUUGUCCUCGGCCUUGGCGACGUCUUCCUCGGCUCCCCCUGCGCUGUGCCCCUGGACCCGCGCCACCGCCUGUUCGGGACGAAGUACAACCCAUCGCGCUCCUUCACACCGCGCGGCGCGGUUGGCAUCGGCGGACAGUACAUGUGCAUCUACGGCAUGGACUCGCCCGGCGGGUACCAGCUGGUGGGGCGCACAGUACCCAUCUGGGACGACGUCACCGCCUCGGCCGUCGCGUCGCGGGGCGAAUCCAAACCGUGGCUGUUCCGCCUCUUUGACAGGAUCUCCUUCUACCCCGUCUCCGAAAUGGACCUCGACGCCGCCAUCGACCAGGGUCGGAUGACGGAUCUCGUCAAGAUCGAGGAGGGCAGCCUCGACCUCGAGGCGUACGAGGCCUGGCUGGCGGCCAACAAGGCAGACAUCGACGCCACCCGCGGCCUCCGCGCGGGGGCGAUCCGCAGCGCGCCCUUCAUGGAGGAGCUCCUCCAGCCGUACAACCCACCCGAGGCCGAGCGGCGCGGCGGCGCCUUUGGCGAGGCGGAGGACAGCACGCCGGGCGAGCGGAUCAAGGCGCAGAUGCCGGGCCGGUGCUGGAAGUGCGAGGUCAAGGCCGGGGACGAGGUCGACGUCGGCGAUGCGUUGGUGUGGAUCGAGUCGAACAAGAUGGAGAUCAAAAUUGGGAGUCCCAUCAAGGGGAAGGUUGUCAAGAUGCUGGUUGUGGAGGGUGACAUUGUUGGGCCAUACGAUGAUUUGCUCAUUGUCGAGACGCAGUGA